AUGGUUCACGUUUACCUUCUUUCUUCUCCCUUUCCUUCAACCUUCCACAAUCUCAAAGACACACCCUUAUCCACUUCACACCCCUAUCUCAAACCUCCCAAUAAACCCUCUCUUUUCCUCACACAUUCCACCUCUCAGAACCCUAUCAAAAACGAUAAACCACACCACCCAGAUUCAAAGUCUUCACCUUUAUCAAAAACAACCAUUUGGGUCAAUCCCAAAAACCCCAAAGCCAAACACCUUAACAAUGACUCUUCAUUUCUAUUGAAACUUGCCAAAUCUCUUGACUCAUGUGAUCCUCCUAAUCACCAACAAGUUUCUGAAAUCAUCAACGGUUUUCCAGGCAAUGUAAAUGGAAAAGAUUGA